AAAUAUCUAUCCUUGAUGAUAUGCUAGCAAAUUAGUAUUCAUGGUAGCUAUAUAUAUAUUUCUAAGUCGAACUUGUUAAAUUGCACAAGAGGAAGUUGUAGAAAAACAAAUCACAUCUAGAGAGAUAGAGAGAAUAUGAUGAUUUCAUGUUUUGAUUUUUGGAAGGAUGGAAUGAUGGUAGAGGAAGGAAGUGAGGAGUGGAAAGAGAUGAGCAUGAAAGUGAAAGAAGCAUGUGAGAGUGAUGGUUUCUUCUUCUUGAGGUGUGAUGAGAUCAACUCCAAAGGUUCAUGCAAAGAGCUGUUUAAGAAUAUGAAAGCAUUGUUUCAUUUGCCUCAAGAAACAAAGCAGCAAUACAUAAUUCCAAAGCCUUUCAAUAGCUUCAACGUCCAUAAGUUUAUGAACACUCACUACGAAAGCUUUGGACUCGAUGAUGUUCUUCUCUCAACAUCUGUGGACACCUUAGCCAACCUCAUGUGGCCUCAAGGAAACCCACAUUUUUGUGAGACAUUGAAGGGUAUGAGCUUAAAGAUGUCAGAAGUAAGCUUGGUGAUCUUGAAAAUGAUUGUGGAUGGUUAUGGCCUUUCCCAGCAUCACAUUUCAGAUGUUGAAAACAUGAAGAGUUGUAGCCACGUACGACUGAACAUGUACAAUACUGACAAAAACAAUACUGCAAACAAGGAUACGUCCAAUGGUCACACUGAUAAAAACACCUUAACCAUUUUAUGCGAAAAUGAAGUUCAGGGUUUGCAGGUGCUAUCCAAAACAGGCACAUGGGUUGAGAUACUGGUACCCCAGAAUUGCUUUGUGGUUAUUGUUGGUGAUACAUUAAAGGCAUGGAGCAACGGAAGACUUCAUGCAGCGACACAUAGAGUGAUAAUGAGUGGAGAGAAAGAGAGAUACACUUUUGUAGUUUUUGUGGCACCAAAGGAAGAGACGAAGAUUGAGGUGCCUCGUGGUUUGGCUGAUGACAAAGUUCAUCCUCUUCGUUAUCGUCCAUUUAAUUUUGGAGAGUUUAUCAGUCACUUUGUUUCAACUCGUAAUGAUAAUGCAGUUGAUGUGUUUGCUGGUCUUUGAAAGUAAUUCAUGAAUAUAUAUGAAUGUACCGGAUCAAAUCAAAAUAAAUAGGGGAUUGCUAAUAUAAUUACAUCUCCUUUUCAAUAA